CAUUAGAGUUUGAGUUGGGGAACAAGCCAGACCUUUUACCCGGCGCGGCAUGAUGGGGACAUCUAAAUGUGUAUCAGUUGCGCCUUCUUUGCGUCUAAACUUGGAUCAUGAGUGGAUGGAACCGUAGAUCAUCUCGCCGACCAUAAGUGCAUGAUGCGUCUCAAUACCUUGACUUGCUCGACUUUCUUUUUGCCUUGCGUGAUCGGAAGUGUCCUGUCAACACGAGAUAAUAACACCUCCUCGGAGACCGUCGAGGUAAAAUGGCUUGAGGGCACGCCAGCUCUUGCCCUGGGCACUACAUUCGGCUUACCUUGGCCCAAAGGCAAACAUUUAGGUAAUCAAACCACUUUCUUGGCUUCGACUACUAGCGGCGAGGAUGUGAGCUUCGAAUCAUGGGCAACAUCAUACUGGGCCGACGGCUCUGUCAAAUGGACGGGCCAUGCCGUAGAGGGCUCGAAAUCGGUACCCAGCGGAUACAAGAUUAGGGCUGUCAAGGGCGUUCCUCAUCGGCUCAAGCGUCAAUCUAUAAAUGUGGUCAGAGCGGACGAUGAGAUUUUUGUAGAUACAGGAAAGCUCAAAGCUUCGUUCCCGACGUCAGGAAAUGUGCUCGUGAGCUCUCUAAGCACCUCUAGCGGGAAGAUUGUGGGCCAAAAUGGCAAGCUCAUAAUUCAAUCGCAAUCAGGGGCCCCGGACACUAGCGAUAACUCGGCGAAAGCAGGAAUUGAUUACUAUCGCCUUGAAUCGCAUAUUAACACGACGACCAUUGAUGGCAAUGGUUCGGUACGAACGUUGAUCACGAUCCGAGGCGACCAUCGCAUCGUUAGCGGCGACUCUACAGCGACACAUGAUCCCUGGGUCCCGUUUACAGUGCGAUUCUACUUGUACGCGAACUCGGACACGAUCAGGAUAGUGCACACACUCAUCUUCGACGGAGAAGCGGAUAAAGACUUUAUCACUGGCAUCGGCCUUCGCUUCGAUGUCCCACUGGAGGGCGAUGAGCUAUAUGAUCGCCAUGUAAGGAUCGCAGGUGUGGAUGGUGGCUUCUUGAGCGAAGCUGUGCAAGGAAUCACUGGCCUGCGCAGAGAUCCUGGUAGAGCAGUGCGCGCAGCUCAGUUUGAGGGUAAGAAGACGCCGGAUAUCGCUGCCUGGGAUACGAGAGUUCGCGAGAGACUGCAAUGGAUUCCAACUUGGAAUGAUUACACAUUAACACAGCUAUCCCCGGACGGGUUUACUUUAAAAAAGCGAACGAAGGCUGGCCAGAGCUGGGUUAAAAUCCCCGGAGGAACCCGAGCCGGCGGUUUAGCGUAUCUGGGAGGUGCAACGACUGGCGGUCUGGCUAUCGGACAUCGUGACUUUUGGAAGCAAUAUCCGACAGGCAUCGAUAUAUCGAAUGCCGCUACUGACUUGGGGCAGAUCACGUUAUGGCUAUAUAGUCCCGCCGGGGAACCGAUGGACUUGCGCCCGUUUCACGAUGGCCUGGGACAGGACACUUACGCUAAACAAUUAGAUGCGUUGGAGAUUACGUACGAGGACUACGAGGGAGGAUAUAACACACCUCACGGUAUCGGCAAGACCAGCGAGAUCUUCAUUCGGCCCUUUGACAGCACACCAUCUUCAGAUGAGCUUGCAACACUGACUGGGCUCGUCAAUGAACCUCCUGUUCUAGUACCCGAUCCAGCAUACGUUAAGCAAACAGAAGCUAUGGGGACAUAUUGGGAUAUACCGAACAACACCACGAGGACACAGGCUGCGCAGACGAUCGAGAAACAUUUGGAGUUUCUCAACAAGUUCUAUCAGGGACAAGUUGAGCAACGACGAUGGUACGGGUUCUGGGAUUAUGGGGAUUUCAUGCAUACGUAUGAUACGGACCGUCACGUCUGGCGUUACGAUGUCGGCGGCUACGCAUGGGAUAACUCGGAACUAUCGCCGAACCUGUUCUUCUGGAACUAUUUCCUAAGGACUGGCCGCGCGGAUGUGUACCGGUUCGCUGAAGCACAUGCCCGACACACGAGUGAGGUUGACGUCUACCAUUUGGGGCCUUACAACGGUUUCGGCACACGCCACGGUGUGCAGCAUUGGGCCGACAGCGCCAAGCAGAUCAGGGUGUCGACGCCGCUCUAUAGACAGGUCUUCUAUUACGUGACUGGUGGCGAUGAGCGAAUCGGCGAGCUAUUACACGAUCUGAUGGACGCGGACAAGACGUUCCUGACAGUCGACCCGCGCCGCAAAGUCCGCCAAGACAAUGGCACGUACGUCCCCGACCCGACGGCCAUCGAUCUCGACCUCGGCAUCGACUUCUCCGGACUUGCAGCAAUCUGGCUCAUUGAGUGGGAGCGUCGUGGGCCACGCUGGGAAGAAGCUAGAUUGAAGUUGAACGCCACGAUGCAGGGCAUCGCAUCGCUUAAGAACGGUUUCGUGACAGGCGUGGGACUAUACAACAUCUACACAGGCGAAGUCAAGCCACCAGCUACUGAUCCGGAGAAUCGGGGCCAUGUUGAAGUGUCGCAUUUGUUCGCGAGCUUCGGGCUGCCUGAAAUCAUGGCGCAGAUAACGCAAUACAUGGGCGACGACCUGCCAGCCGCAUUCGACCAGGCGUGGCUUGAUUAUUGCUACUACUACGGCGCCGGCGCGGCCGAGCAGAGGGCGCGGUACGGGUCAUCCUUCGGAAGUCUGAGUCUCAAACAGGGACACUCGCGAUUGACGGCGUACGCAGCGAAGCGGUCUGGAAAGGCGACUCUCGCGGCGAGGGCGUGGAACGAGUUCUUGAAUACCGAUGGUUUUGCGCCGACCGCGGCCUGGAAUAGUGUGUCACUGAACGGCAGCCAAGUCCUAGCUCCGGUGGAUGAGGCCGCUUGGAUCUCGACAAAUGAUGUUGCGCUAUACGGGUUGGCUGCGAUUGAGAAUCUUGCGCAAGUAGGUAGUGCGCUUUGAUAUGUAUGUAGUAGAAUCUAAAUCAGAUUCAUAGUAAUGAGAGCGCCGAGGUAUCUAGACUCAAGUUCGAUGUGACCUUACGGAUGCUCUGACAACCAU